ACAUAGUAAACCUGACAAAAGAGUCUGAGAGGACUGCGCGAAGGCUGUCGGCACAGGACUGGAGGGAGACGCGUAAAGACGCUCUUUGCCACGGAGGGAACCGCGCUUGGAUGGAUUUUAUGACAUUCCGCAUCGGACAACUAUCCUCCGCUCCAGAUUCAGCCUCAUUCCACGUCUUUAGCGCCUGCAGACUUUUGGUUUAGUUGACAAGUGUGCAACUCGGACGCUCCGGGCAUGUUUUGCGCUCUGGGAGAAACUUGGUGACGGGGAGGAAAGUUUCUGUGAGGGGAGAAAGCCACUUGGUUUUUAUGCGCUGUUUUUUCUCAGGAUCAUAUGCGUAAAGUCGGAUUUCCUUGCAUGGCAUUGGACUGCGGCUGUAAAUCUGCUUUUGGAUAUUUCUGAUCAGUGUCGACGUCGGCUGAUUGUGGGAUAGUAAGCCGAGAAAAGGCAGCGCCUCGAUUUCUCCUUUUUUUCUUCUUUUCUUUUUUUGCUGCACUGUGGUGCUGAAAACGUUCCUCUCAGGAUUCAUCUCUUGCUCACUACCUCCUUAUCUCUGCAUGUCAAAACAGAGAUCUUCAAGAUUUUAGUCCUCCCUGUUCAGGUGACUGAUUUCCACAGAGUGAAAGCCUGAACACCACUGCAGCAGUUGAUGGUUGGGUGGACCCCCCCAGAUGGGAUCAGUGUCCAGGGGGAGGUGUUGGAGAAGGGGGAUAUGGGGAGCCCUUUCCCCCUCUGACGGGAUGGCCUUGUGGGUCUGGCUGCUGGCGGCCGUCUUGCUGACCCUGCUGACGGUCAGCGUGGCCAGGCCGCCCCUCACAGCCACCAGGGAGGUGGAGACCAAGGCAGAACCUGAAGAGGCAUCGAACAAAUACCAAAUUUUUAAGCCCACGGUGUGCUCAGUGCAACCGGGCGAGUUGCUGAAGCUCAGUUGUCCUCUGCCGGUGACGGAGACCAUCACUUGGACCAAAGAUGGCAGCUCUCUGGGCCUCAACAACCGCACGCUGAUUGAACAUGAGGUGCUGCAGAUCCGUGAUGCCUCGCCCAGGGACUCGGGCCUGUAUGCUUGCACUAGUGUGGGCAAAGACACGGUCUGCUUCAUAGUCAAUGUCACAGAUGCAACCUGGUCGGGGGAUGAUGAGGACGAUACAGACCGGUCGGAGGAUACUUGGCCAGAUGGCAUGCAGUCAAGGGCUCCAUACUGGACUUUUAGGAAGAACGAGAAGAACGAACUAGUGGUUCCAGUUGCAAACACAGUGAAGUUCCGCUGCCCUGCCGGAGGAAACCCCCACCCAACGAUACGUUGGCUUAAAAACGGCAGGCCUUUCCGGCAACAUGAACGCUUGGGAGGAUUCAAGGUCCGGCCCCUACAUUGGACCCUGAUCAUGGAGAGCGUGGUGCCGUCCGACAAGGGAAAUUACACCUGUUUGGUCGAGAACCGCUUGGGAUCCAUCAACCAUACCUACACUCUGGAUGUACUGGAACGGUCACCUCACCAACCUAUCCUCCAAGCUGGACAACCAGCCAACACCACAGUACGAGUCGGAGAGGACGCCCAAUUCCAAUGCAAGGUCUACAGCGAUUCCAAGCCUCAAAUCCAGUGGCUGAAACACAUCACCCGGAACGGUAGUCGGUAUGGGCCUGAUGGAAACCCCUACGUCAAAGUGUUAAAGACACCAGGCGGUAACACCACAUAUAAGGACAUGGAGGUUCUCUACCUGUCCAAUGUUACCUUUGAGGAUGCUGGGGAGUAUACAUGCUUGGCGGGUAAUUCUAUUGGGAUCUCCUAUCAAACUGCUACUCUGACGGUGCUUCCAGAUCCUUCAACCAAAUGCCAAAUUCCUAAGCGCACAGUUUCCUCGGUGCACCCAGGCGAGGUGCUGAAGCUGACUUGUCCAACGGCAGGAACCAUCACUUGGACCAAAGAUGGCCACCCGCUGGAAACCAACAACCGAACUCUGAUUGAACAUGAGGUGCUGCAGGUCCGUGAUGCCCUGCCCAAAGACUCUGGCCUGUAUGCCUGCACCAGCGACAGCAAGGAGGUUUUCUGCUACAACGUCAAUAUCACAGGUGCUCCGUAUUGGACCUCUUCAGCAAAGAUGGAGAAGAAACUGCAUGCAGUGCCAGCUGCAAACACAGUAAAGUUCCGCUGUGCUGCAGGAGGUUACCCCCAGCCAUCGCUGCAUUGGCUCAAAAAUGGCAAACCAUUCCGCCAAGAUGAACGCAUGGGAGGAUAUAAGGUGCGCCUGCAGCACUGGACCCUGAUCAUGGAGAGCGUGGUGCCGUCUGACAAGGGAAACUACACCUGUUUGGUAGAGAACCCGUUUGGAUCCAUCAACCAUACCUACACUCUGGAUGUAGUGGAACGGUCACCUCACCGGCCUAUCCUCCAAGCUGGACAACCCGCCAACACCACAGUACGUGUCGGAGAGGAUGCCCAAUUCCAAUGCAAGGUCUACAGCGAUGCCCAGCCUCACAUCCAAUGGCUGAAACACAUCACCCGGAACGGUAGUCGCCAUGGCCCUGAUGGAAACCCCUACGUCAAAGUGUUAAAGACCGCAGGUGUUAACACCACAGAUAAGGAGAUAGAGGUUCUCUACUUGCCCAAUGUAACAUUUGAGGAUGCUGGGGAGUAUACAUGCUUGGCGGGUAAUUCUAUUGGGAUCUCCUAUCAAACUGCUACUUUGACGGUGCUUCCAGCCAUAGAUAAAGUCCACGGACCAAUUUCUCCGGACUACGUUGAGAUUGCAAUCUAUUGCGCAGGCGUCUUCCUCAUUCCCUGCAUGGUGGGCAUUGUGGUGGUUUGCCGCAUGAGGAACAAUAUAAAGAAGCCUGAUUUCGGGAGCCCACCAGCGGUCCACAAGCUAACCAAACAGAUCCCUCUGCGCCGCCAGGUAACAGUGUCGGCAGAUUCGAGUUCAUCCAUGAACUCUAGCACUCCCCUGGUUCGCAUCAUGACACGGCGGAGCUCUGGACACGAUGAUCCAAUCCCUGAGUACGACCUUCCAGAGGAUCCACUGUGGGAAUUUUCUCGAGAUAGGUUAACUCUAGGCAAACCUCUGGGUGAAGGCUGCUUUGGCCAAGUUGUGAUGGCAGAAGCUCUUGGCAUCGACAAGGACAAACCAAAGGAGGCGGUCACUGUUGCAGUCAAGAUGCUGAAAGAUGAUACCACAGAGAAGGACCUUUCUGACCUGGUGUCAGAGAUGGAAAUGAUGAAGAUGAUUGGCAAACACAAGAACAUUAUUAACCUUUUGGGAGCCUGCACGCAAGAUGGUCCUCUUUAUGUGAUAGUAGAGUAUGCCUCUAAAGGCAACCUCAGAGAGUACCUCAGAGCCCGCCGUCCUGCUGGGAUGGAAUACUCCUACGACAUCGCCCAUGUCUCAGAUGAACAGCUCACUUUCAAAGAUCUUGUCUCCUGCACUUAUCAAGUUGCACGUGGCAUGGAGUAUCUCGCAUCUCAAAAGUGUAUACACAGAGACCUGGCAGCGAGGAACGUUCUGGUCACAGAAAGUAACUUCAUGAAGAUCGCUGACUUCGGCCUUGCCAGGGACGUCCACAACAUUGACUACUAUAAAAAGACAACCAACGGUCGUCUCCCGGUUAAAUGGAUGGCUCCCGAGGCGCUCUUCGACCGGGUCUACACACAUCAGAGUGAUGUUUGGUCUUUUGGGGUGCUGAUGUGGGAGAUCUUCACCCUUGGGGGUUCACCCUACCCUGGCAUUCCUGUAGAAGAGCUCUUCAAGUUGCUAAAAGAGGGACAUCGCAUGGACAAACCUGGAAACUGCACCAAUGAGCUGUACAUGAUGAUGAAAGACUGUUGGCACGCCAUUCCAUCACAGAGACCCACCUUCAAGCAGCUAGUAGAGGACCUGGAUCGAAUCCUCACCCUGAACACUAAUGAGGAAUAUCUGGACCUGUGUGCUCCUACGGAGCAGUACUCCCCCAGCUUCCCUGACACCCGAAGCUCCUGCUCCUCCGGCGAUGACUCCGUGUUUUCCCACGACCCAUUGCCGGAAGACCCAUGUCUCCCCAAGUACCAGCACAUCAACGGGAAUGUCAAGAGAUGAGCCUCUGCUGGCUCAGAUCCCUCCCCCAAACCAAACCCCCCGCCCCCCCGAAGCCAACUUUUGGCCUGCCCCAACCUCAAUGUCGCUGAACAGACGUAGCACAGACACCUUCCUUGAAACGGACCUAAACAGGGACUUGCACUGCCACACGCCGAAACAGAACACUCAAGGUCUUAAAGAAGGGGACAGAGGCUGAUAUGGAGGCUCCUUCAAACUGACUGAAUGUACUAACAUUCUCUGAGGCUUCCUCCUUCUCUCUCUCUUGUAAACACACAGCUUUUUCUCGUCUUCUGGUUCUCAUCUUCCCAACCCGAAGCUCCGCAGCACUACUUGUUUGGUGAUCCAGUAGCAGUGCUUGGCAUUCCAAGAUUUGUUUACUCCCGGAGGAAUGUAUGGACUAGUAUAAACUGAAAAAUAAACAAAGUAAGAGGAAACCAUGAAACUAGAAGACGAAUAGGAAAAUGGACUUACAGAUGGAGCUCUGACUAACAAAACA